AUGCUCCGACAGAUAUCGCGGGCUGUACUGCAGGCGCCCAAGAAGGCGAUUAAGCUCUCGUACUGGCACUUCGCCGUCUGGUGGGUCAUCAUCCUCGCUGUACACGUCGUCACCUGUGUAUUCAACGCACUGUAUGCUUACGGGUAUUGGAACUUGAACGGGACGUACCUCAAUACCUGUCUCGAGUUCUACCGCAUCGGCAUGUCACAGCCCUACCAUCACACAAUUGCUUUUGUUCACGGUACCGUGUGUGCCGUUCAUGGAGCUUGCAUCCUGUUAAUGGUGGGAGGUUCACUACGACAGAAGGCGUUAGCAUUCACACCCUGGUCGUCGAUCUAUGGCAAUGUUACCCAUCUAUGCGGAUUGUGUGGUGUAGACGGGCAAUACUUUAACGCUGCUAUGAUCUGCCGUGAGAUUGUGGAGACUGCGCUGCAGACUGCGCAAGCGUAUCGAAUGAGUGUAUUACUACCUCGAACGCUGUUAAAUCGAGCCUAUGUUAUCUUACUUGCGGCGAACUGCUGGACGUCAAUCAUUGCCGAUUCGGUCUUUUUCGGGCGCGACGAAGCAAGGAGGAGGUUCACCUGUAUCGUCUUAGACGGCAUGCUGGACCUCAUGGCGUGUAUGGGCGUGCAACUGUUAGUCAUGAUCAACUACAUCAAAGACUACAACACUAGUUAUCACGGCUUUGACGAAACGAUAUGGUACAACGAUGAAUGGGUCGCUCGAGCUUUAAACGAGUUCCGGAUGGUCGUUGUGGUUUCGUAUUCAGACCUUGUAAGUCGUACCAUCUUCUCACUUGGAUUGGUCAUCACGACUACAAAUAUGAAGCGAUUACUAUGGCGAUUGCCACGAAAUACAAGCCGUGUAGUGCAUUCCCCCACGCCGACAGUUUUGUCGGUUGGAACGUCUAAAAAGGUUCUUGGUCUCAGCAAACCAGGACCGACAGGUAUCGAGGAAAUGAGACCACCAGUGAAGACUAAAGCCUCGUUCGUUGAGACUCUGGUCACCUUUAUUAAUGGGUUGAUAUCUCGUCGAGAGCGUAUCGUUCUUCGAAUCGCUCAUGUCUUGUUUGGAACAUGGGGGAUCGUGAUACUAGGACUUCAUAUCCACGCAUCGGUGCAGCCAUCAUUAACUCAUUGCUUCAUGCAGGUGCGACCGUGGACUGUUUCACGCCCUUCGUGCUAUUUGGUUGGUCUAGAUUGCUAUAAAUUAGGCAUUUCUGGAGAAAAAGAUGCGGUCGAGACGAUGUGGCGCGAGUUUGACGCCUCUACCGUUGUUCAACUAUUGAUUCGUCAUUGUCCGGGACUCGAAAUGCCUAAUGUUCUUACAAAAUUUAGAGGUAUUCAUGGGAUAAAAGUGUACAACACUACUAUUACACAGUGGGACGAAUCAGCAGCGAUCACGCACUCAAACCACCCUACAAUGGCUUCACUGUACUUUGUUCAUCUGCGUCACAAACUUAAGAUCAUUGCCGGAUGA